CCAAAUAAAUCGAUACCAGCGCUGUUUUGAUUGAACCAAAUCAUGGAAAAACAUAAAAUAACGACUUUUUUGAUUACUGGACAACCAGGAGUUGGCAAGACAACUUUGGUUCGUAAAAUAUGCGCCAAAUUGAGAGAACAGCACAAACUACAAGGCUUUUAUACCGAAGAAGUGCGAGAAAAUGGACAGCGAGUUGGAUUUGAUGUGGUUACUAUUUGUGGCACACGUGGUAUAUUAGCCCGCGAGAAGUCCAUAGAUAAUGUACGUCGCCCCAAGGUUGGCAAGUACUCGGUUUACGUAGAGGAUUUUGAGAAGCUGACGCAGCCACUGCUUAAAUUACCUGGCCAAGCGCAACAGCUGAUGAUUCUGGACGAGAUUGGCAAAAUGGAGCUGCUUAGCAAACGUUUUGAGGCUGCCGUGAAUGAGUUGCUACAACAAAAGCAACUCCUGCUGGCAACGAUUCCUUCACAGACCCGUCAACCCAUUCCGCUGGUGGAACGGCUUAAAUGUUUGCCUGGCGCAACACUUUACCAGGUGACAAAAGGCAAUCGAGAUUCUUUGGUUAACGAAAUUGCAGAUCAUAUUUUUAAAUCACUGCACUUAACUAACUUCUCUCAAUAUUAGUCGGCAAGUCAACACUUGAUAAAAA